CUCUCUGGAAAAGGGAGGGGAGCAGAGAGUGGGGUUCUGAUUCUGCUUCUCUAUAGACCAGGCUUGGUGCUGAGAUGGGCAGGCACUUGCUGCUUCCUGGUCUGUUCCUGUACCUUCCCUUGACUGCAGGCUGGACAGCUUCUAACUGCCUGGUGACUGAAGGCUCCCGGCUGCCUCUGGUCUCCCGCUUCUUCCUGGUCUGCCCCUUGGACUCCAGCCUGCCCCUCCUUGCAGCAUGCUACUCAGUGACUAAUCUGACACAGGCCUUGGAGGCUGUGCCACAGAGCGUGGAGGGGCUCUGUCUUGCUGGUUCCACUUUGUUUCUGCACCCGGACGCCUUCUCCCACUUCCCUGGGCUCAAGGUCUUAGGGCUGAAUCUGCGUCUCACCCAGCUCCUGCCAGGAGCUCUCCGGGGCUUGGGGCAGCUGAAGCAGCUCUUUUUCAUAGGCCUCCGCACGAAUCACCUCUUCCUACCUCCUGAUGCCUUUGGCAACCUAAGCUCCCUCCAGCACCUUGCCUUCUUGGGCCCCUGCUUGGAUGGAAACUUGGGUGUCCGGUUGCCUCCCGGUCUACAGCGGCUGGAUGUCAAGAACAGUUGCCUUCAGAAUGUAGGGAAAUUGGCCAACAUCUUCCCAGACCUGGUGCUUGGGUCCUCCUCUGGUGAAGCUUGGACUCUGGACAUGUUGGACCUGUCAUUCAACAAUGGGCUGAAGAUGGCCAGUCCUGGGGCCCUCCAGGGCCUCAAGCUGGGGACUUUGCGUCUGGACCACACAAAGAUGGAGGCAGCUGCAGUGGUGGGACUGGGGCUGCAGAGACUGGACACUCUGUCUGUGAUAAAGACUGACACGGCUGAGCUGCCUGCCAGGGCAGUUGCCCACUUUGAGCUACAGGAGCUGAAUUUGGGAUCCACUCUGAUAGGGCACAUAGCUCUGGAGGCCCUGGCUUCCUGCUACAGCCUAAGGCGCUUGGGUCUUGAAAGCAGUGGCCUGACUGACCUGCCACCAGGUUUCCUGGCUGCCAUGCCCAGGCUUCAGAGACUGAACCUGUCCAGCAACCAACUGCGGAGUGCCAUGCUGUGCACGAAUGAGACAGGGGCUGUGUCAGGACUGUGGGCCCUGGAUCUGUCAAAGAAUGGGCUGCAAACCCUGUCCCCAGCCACCUUCUCCUGUUUGCCCCAUCUACGGGAGCUGCUACUUCAGGGAAACCAGCUGGUUUGUCUGGAGGGCCAGGUAUUCCAGGGCUUAAGGAGGCUGGAGAUGUUGGACUUGGGCGGGAAUCCACUGGUAGCCCUGGGCGAUGGCUGGUUGGCUCCUCUGCCUGCACUGACCACCCUAAACCUGUUGGAUACCCGCAUGGUGUUGAGCCCAGGCUGGGACUUCCAGGGCCCAGAGAGUCUGCACAACUUGAGCCUGCAGCUCCCCUCUGGCCCUUCCAGGGUAGCAUUGUCCCUGCCCAUGAGGCUGAGGAGCUUGGAGCUUCAUGCAGCCUCAGGCAGGGAGCAUUGGAAGCUGGCUUCUAACGUUUUUCCAGUCUUGCAGACCCUGACUCUAAAAGGCUGGGGACUGCAGCUGGGGACCCAGAAUGUCUCCGAGAUCUUCCCUGCCCUUCUCCAACUCUCCCUGCUUGGCAAUAGCUUGGAGGCCCUCUGCUCCCAGGACACCUCUAGCUUCUUCCUCUGGCAACUCCCUAGGCUCCAGUAUCUGAGGGUAUGGGGGGACAGGCACAGCCCUAGGCCCUGCUGCAUCACAGGGCUUCCCAGCCUACGGGAGCUGAAGCUGCAGGCACUGCAAUCCCGAGCCCAGCCACGCCCAGUGCGGCUUGAGGAGCUGGUGGGUGAGCUGCCCAGGCUUGAGGUGCUGCAUCUGGCCCAAACGGGGUUGGAGACACUCUCUGCCGCUGCUUUCCAGGGCCUGGGAAGUCUCCAGGUCUUAGUGCUAGACUGGGAGACAGGACUGGUGCUGGAUGGCAGCCUCCAGGAGCAUAGUCCCCAGAUGCCCCAGUACAUGUAUAUUCUGACUGCAUCCUUGGCCUGCCAGUGUGCCAAUGCCUGGGUGGGUCCUUGGCUUGAGCGGUCCCCCAGGACAUACAUACACAUAAAUUCAAAUCAGCUGUGCCAGCCAGAACCUGGGGGCCGCUCCAAGAAUCCCCUUUUCCCCUUUCUCCAGAGCCACUGCCCCAAGACUUCAGGGUUGGGACUCUUUUUGGGCAGCUUCGCCUUGCUGCUUCUGCUAAUCUCUUUGCCCCUUCUACAGGAAGCCAGGAACUCCUGGAUCCUCUACCUCCAGGCCUUGUUCAGGGCUUGGCUUCAGGGCCUGAGGGGUCGGAGGGAUGAAGGCCACAGGUUCCUCUAUGAUGUGUUUGUGUCGCACUGCAGGCAAGACCAGGGCUGGGUGGUGUGGGAGCUGCUGCCUGCUCUGGAGGGCUGCCCUCCAGCUGGCUGGGGGCUGCGCCUCUGCCUCCCUGAGAGGGAUUUUGAGCCAGGCAAGGACGUGACUGACAAUGUGGCAGAGAACAUGGCAAGCAGCCGGGUUGUACUCUGCGUGCUGAGUCGCCAGGCCCUGAACACCCCACGCUGCCGCCUGGAGCUCCGCCUUGCCACCUCCCUCCUGCUGGCUGCCCCCCGGCCCCCAGUGCUGCUGCUGGUCUUCCUGGAGCCUGUCUCCCGCCACCAGCUCCCCCGCUACCAUAGACUGGCCAGGCUGCUCCGCAGAGGAGACUACUGUGUGUGGCCCAAGGAAGAAGAAAGAAAGGACGAGUUCUGGGCUUGGCUGGGGAGCAGGCUGGGGCAGCCUGGGUUGGGCUAGAGUGGGUGCAUGUGGGUUGGAGGGUGGGGAUA